CCAAUGGCAGAGGAACUGGAGGAGGAAGUGGAGCAAGUGGAAUCAGACACUGAGAACAUUGAAGGUGAUUUGGAAGAGCAAGAUAAUAAUGAAGUACCCUCGGAGGCACAAAAAAGGCCUGAAGAAGUAGAAAAGAAAAUCUCGGACACUUUCUUCUAUAACUAUGAAGAUAUAUAUUCACGGCCAUUUGUCACUGAAGACUCUGGGAUACCAAUUAACCUUCUUACUCUUAAACAUUCUUUUGGAUAUGACUGCACCAGAAGUGUAAACCUGCUGCUGAUGGAUAGCCAAACACUGAUGUAUAUAGCAGGCAACCAAGUGGUGCUCCUGGAUCUGAAAACUAAAUCUCAAAAUUAUCUCCGGAGCAGCAGUGGUGGUGGAAUUGGGUUUAUCACGGUACACCCUACUAAGCAGUACUUUGCAGUAGGAGAAAAAGGAAAGAAGCCAAACCUCAUAAUCUACGAUUAUCCUUCACUGAGGCCCUACAGAAUACUGCGAGGUGGAACAGAGGAAGCCUAUGUUUUUGGUGAUUUCAACAAUGCUGGCACUUUGCUGGCCAGUGUUGGGAGCAGCCCUGACUACAUGCUGACUAUCUGGGACUGGAAACAAGAAAAGAUUGUGUUGAGGUCAAAAGCUUUUUCACAGGAUGUUUACAAGGUCACAUUUUCUGCUGAUAAUGAAGAGCAACUGACCACAUCUGGAGCAGGACAUAUCAAGUUCUGGAAGAUGGCUCUCACAUUCACUGGUCUCAAGUUACAAGGAGCUUUGGGCAGGUUUGGAAAAACAGCAGUCACCGACAUUAUAGGUUAUGUGGAGCUGCCUGAUGGGAAGGUUAUCUCAGGGACUGAGUGGGGCAACUUGCUGCUUUGGGAAGGGGGCCUCAUUAAAGUAGAGCUCUGUCGAGCUGGACACAAGCCGUGUCACAGUGGCCCCAUCAGCCAGUUAGUUCUGGAUGAAGGAGAACUUGUCACUGUUGGAAAAGAUGGCUUCAUUCGGGUGUGGAACUUCGAGACAAUAGAUGCUGCUGAUUCUGUGGAUGACACAGGGUUACUGGAGGUAGAGCCUAUGAAUGAACUUCAUGUUGGCAGGAAUGUCAGUCUGAGUUUCAUGUCAAAAGUUCAUGACUGUGGACAGCCUGUUUGGUACGCUCAGGAUACCAAUGGAGCAAUCUGGAAGCUGGAUCUGACUUUUUCAAAUAUGACCCAUGAUCCAGAAUGCCUGUUUACCUUUCACUCUGGAAGGAUUGAAGCCAUGAGUGUCUCUCCUACUACAUACCUUAUGGCCACCACUGCUCUUGAUCGGUCAGUGCGUAUCUAUGAUUUCAUCAGCAACAGUCAACUGAUUGAAAUUAAGUUUAAACAAGGAGGAACAGCACUGACGUGGGCACCUCGCGUUGUAAAUCCUAAAGGAGGUCUAAUUGCUGCGGGGUUUGAAGAUGGUGUUGUCCGCAUAAUUGAAGUUUAUGAUCCCAAAGGACUGCCCGUUCUUGCAGGACAGACCAAUACAGAGAAUGCAGAGAUAAAUCUGAAACAAGCUUUCAAGCCUCAUGCUACUGCAGUUACAGCCUUGGCAUAUGAACGAAAUGGAGAUGUGCUUGCCACAGGGAGUAAAGACAAAACUGUUUUCUUUUUUGCUGUUGAAGAUGAAUACGAGCCAAUUGGAUUCAUCUGUGUCCCUGGGCCUGUUCAGGCACUACAGUGGUCUCCACCUUCUCAUGUGACGAGCACACUGCUCAUCCUUUGUGAGAAUGGCUUUGCUCUCCAGGUUCCUGCCCCUCUCCCUGGUGAACAGGAUACAGUGUCCACCUAUCAAAUAAAAACCCUACCAACGCAGUACUUCCAUUUUUAUAGUAUUAAAUCCCGAAUGAAGCUGGAAGAGGAGAUUGCACUGAGAGAGAAAAAAAAGCAAGAGAAGGAGAAAGCAAAGCUUGAAUGGAUAAAGCAGCAACAGGAGAUGGGAAAGGAGUUAGAAGAAGAACCUGAGGAGGAACCCAAAGAAGAGCCAUUGCCACCUCUCUACAUACCAGAGGAGCCCAGUCCCAUCCUCUGUGGGUUUUAUUCAGCACCAGGAAAAUUUUGGCUUUCCUUGGGUGGAUAUGACUCAGGGUUCCUCUAUCAUUGUGAAUUCUCCUCAAAUGAUCACCAAGACGACCCUGAAAACAGGCAAGAUGAACCCUUUGAAGUAAUUCCUAUUGAGGACACCGACAACAAUCCCAUCCACCAAAUCUCCUUCUGUACCAGCAGACUACUGAUGUUCUGUGGGAUGCAGAAUGGUGCACUGCGUGUUUAUCCUCUCCAGGAUAAAGACCUCUCAGUGAAUGCCCUUAAAGAAUACUGGUCUUUCAAUAUACAUGACAAUGAUUAUGGCCAGAUCCAGGGGAUCUGUUCUAGUUAUGAUGAUAGGUUUCUGAUUACCUGUGGUGGAGAUGGAAACAUUUUUACUUUCGACAUCUUGUCUCCAGAGGACGUUCACAAAGAGCUAAAAGCCAAAAUCCCCUCUCCUAGGAGUGGUCUUGAGAAGGAGAGGGCUACUGAAGAUAUUGAGGAUCCCAAUGCCUACAACAUUGAGGAAGUCAAGCAGAAAAAGGAGUAUCAACGGAUAUUGAAGGAAGCUGAAGAAAAAAAACAGAAGAAACGAGAGGAGUUAAUUGCAUUGAGGCAUGAGUUUCUUUUUCUUCUUCAAAAGAAUCAGGAGUUGCCCAAGCACAUGCAGCUGCACAGAGAGUAUGAGAUGGACCAUAGGAUCUUGGAGGAGCUGGAUAGGCAGACAGCACAGAAAAUCCAGUUAGUGCAAAAAGAGCUGGCUUGGGAGCAUGAGGAACACUUGAUUGGACUGCAGAAACUACAAAAUCAAUGGUUUUGUCUAAUUUGGCUUUUCAGGUUUCGGGACUCACUGGAAUUUGAUAGUGUUGUUGUUCAUGCUAUUCAAAGCAAUCAUCAGAUUUCCACCUACAGACUUCUAGCAAUGUCUGAGAAAUACUACCAAGAUAAGGAACGUCCAUCAUGGAAAAGGACAGUACUUAAACAGGCCUGGAAACAAGCAGAAAAAAGAGAGAUCGUCAAAGAGACAAGGCGUACUCCAGUUUUCGAGGCUGAGGCUGAAAAGCUGAAGACAUCAGCGGUCCGAAAGUCAGCCACACGUUAUAUAGAAAGCAAACAUGAGCACAUCAGAAGAGUUGUUGAGAAAUAUGACAAGGUGAAAGCUAAGAUCAUGAAGAGGAAGGCAGAGUGGGAUGAAUUAUACAAGAGCAAACCAAGUGAUGACUAUGAGAAUCCCAAGGAUGCUGAGGACAUCAGAGAAGCACAGGAAAAUAUGGGAUGUUAUAAGCUGAAGACUGCUGCUAACUACAGAGUCCCUGAACACAAGCGUAUGAACACUGAGAAGAAGGUGAUGCAGCUUACAUCCCUGGAAGUGUUGAUCAACGCACUGGUGAUAAACUUUGAUGCUGAACUUCGUUUUCUCCGGCACAAGAAACUGAAGCUGGAUGUGCAGAUGAAAAUUGCUGACCUGCGCCACAUCACAUGGUAUGAAGAGCUGCUUAUCCUGAAGAACCUCGAAAAACAUGAAAACCUUUUCCAGGGACGUGUUAACACCCUCACCAGAGAGCAGGAGGCUAUGCAAUCAAAACUGAACAGCUACCUUGCACAGAUGGAGGAUAGAAAGUGUGAGAUAGUAAAGCUCCAGGAAUGUGAGAAAGCUCUUUAUGCCAACUUCCAAGCAUCCCUUGGAGAAAACAAUGAGUUUGCCCAUUUUCUGACCAAGGUUCUGAAGAAGAAAAUCAAGUGCGUGGAAAAAAAGGAAGUCGAAAGAGAAGCAGAUGAAGAAGAUGAGAAUGAAGAGGAGAAUAAUGAAGAGUCCAGCUUAGGGACUGAUGAAGAAAAUUCUGGAUCUGAAGAUGAAGUCUUUGAUGACUCUGUCUGCCCAAAGAACUGCAAUGAGACACUCUUCCAAAACACCAUCCGGCUCCGGCAGAAUCGGCUGGACAUUGAGAAAGCUUUAACAGAGGAGAAGAAAGUUGCUGCUAACCUCAGAAAGAAAUAUAACGCCUUGGCCAAAAAGGUAAAAGUAGUGGAAACCAGUCUGGACACCGCAGAGAGGGAACUGGAGACCUUUCAGCGGGAAAAGCAGCAGAGACUGAAUGAGCUAUAUGUAGUUGUGCCUUUGAAACUCCAUCAGGUGGAGUACUUGGUUAAUGGGGAGAUGCCCAGUGACUUCUCGCAGGCUUUGGUAUUUACCAACCAGUCCUUAGAGCACCUGCAGAAGAGAAUUGUGGACCUACAUAAUGAAAAGAUAAUGCAAAGAGAGAUCUAUAAGAAGGCCCAGGAGCAACAUAAGCGGCUCGUCCAGGACAAAAAGGAAAUGGAGAUAAAGAUUCUACGACUGGAAGAGAAGUGCAAUCAGCUGAUCGUGAAGAAGUUUGGCCGGUUGGUUGAUUUUGAAGCAGUUCAAGCACACUCCGUUAACAUACGCGUGGAAGAGUUGGAAGUGCAAAUAAUGGAGAAAGAAUAUGUGCACUCCCAGGAACUCAAAGAGUGGGAGGGAAGAAUCUUAGACCUGCAGCAGCAGCUAAUGAAGCUGACAAAGGAAAACACUAGUAAGCUGCAGCAGCUGAACAGCUUCUGCCUUGAAAAGCAGCAACUUGAAACGAAGCUGGAUUCAUUAGAGAAUGACCUGGGAGCAGAAUUUCAGGGCAUCCGAACUACUGACAUCAAAGAGAAGGCCAAACUGGAGUCGCGGCUCAAGCACACAGCUCGUGACACAGCCCUCCUAAGAGAAGAAAUCAAUCUUCUAAGCAGAAGAGACAGGUGCUUAAGAGAACUUGCUUUCCUUAGCAGAAAAGAUGGGUGCCUCUUUCUACAACCUUCAUCACCACAGGACUCUCAGACACCAACUGAAUCAUUCCCUGUUAUUAGAUCAGAAAAGCUAAGUAACAGUCCAGCUCUUCCUUAAAAAUGGACACGGUUAACUGUGGCAGUAGCAAUAACUGGAAGUGUGAAAUGAAUUGCUUUGGCUAUUCAGGGGUUUAGUUGUAAAGGGUUAUAUUUGUUUCCCCUAUCAAAACAUGAUUAUAGUGACAGAUAUGGAAUAAAAAAGUGCAAAUACACCCAGUAAAUGCUGUUAUCAGCCCAUUGCAGAGAUUUGCACUGCACAGA